GGUGGUCUAGCCACUCCAUUUAGAGUUCAUGAUAAAUAACUGAUUAUAUUGGAGCUGAGAGUGACUGGUGAUAGAUAUACUUUGGAGUGUUUCAACUUUAGUUUAGGAGAAAGUAGGUAAGUGGGCCUCCUGAAUUCUAUAUUUGCUAGUCAUGAGGCUCUUGUUAUUACCUGUGAGUAAAACAUUUGAAUUUGCAUGCAUGGUCAGCCAGGGCUUGAAAGAAUAAGCGUUGGUGGAAUCACUCUGCUGCUCAGAGAUAAAGCUUGUGUUUUGUGGUCACUUAGGCACGAAGGGCAGAUAGUGCAUUUGCAUGGCCUGUUUCUUAGGCUUAAGGCUGAUAGAGGGGGGGAAAAACUUAAAGAAAAAAGGCUUAAAAAAAACUAUGUUAGAAGGUCUAAAAUGAGACCAAAGAAGAGAAACAAGUUUUUGAAGAAUUGUUACUACUUUUCAUUGUUUAAAAAUGAAGAGUGGGGUAGAUGAGACCACUUGCUACUCUUUAGAGAACCUAAGAUUUAAGUUUCCUUUUAGGUCUGUAUUGAUAAAAAGUAGUUCACAUUGACUAAUGCUUGCCACAGGUGUGCGAACCUAGUCAAAGCCAUAAUUAGCAACAAGCAUAAUCUUGGGACAAUUGUAUAUUAUGAGCAGAGAAGAUAGUUGAAAAUUUAAAGACCUGGAAACAAUCAGGAAUAUAGGGCUGGAGUUGUGGCAGGUCAUUCAUUGUCUUGAGAAUAGUUGCAGUCCUGCAAGGCCCAGUGACAGGGAACAAUGGGUACAUUUUGCUUGUUAAAAACCAUUCAGUUUUCUUCAGGUUAGUGUUACUGUUCAAGUGUCCAUUGAGUGACUGCAUUUCCUUAGCUUUGAUAUCCAUACUUGGAAAUCUGUUAGCCUGACCACCACUUAGCUGCUGAUCCCUAGCCCACUAAGAUCUAAGAGUUUUUCAUAAAGUGUCGAGUGCUUGGGACAUGAAACACUGAAGGUCUGUGUAGUCUCAGAAAUACCCAAAGUCAGGGCCAGGAGAUGGCUCAGUGUGUAAGAGUGAUGACCUGAAUUCAGUCUUGGACCCACAUGGUAAAAGGAUGGUACUGACUCUUCAAGCUGUCCUCUGCCCACCUAUAUGCACAUAAAUAAAAUUUAAAAAGUACCUAAACUCAAAACUUCUUUGGGCUUCUAUAUUUUUAGUAAAUAAGGAAGGACAGGAUAUUGGGGAAGAGGCCUUGUGUUCUAAAACUCAACAACUUCACAGAGCAUCAUAACAUUGAUGCUUUUUAGACGGAGAGUAAAGAGCUCUAGAUUUUAAAAAGUGUAUUUGGACAGAUUGAGUGUCUUGUAUUUCCUUUGUGUUUUGAUAUUGCUUGGCUUAGCUUUGAGUGCACCAAGUAAAUAUGAAUAGAAAAAGACAUGUGUAUUGUGAAGGCUAACAAAGUCCAAGUGUGGGAGAAGCUAGUGAGCUGGUUAUUGCCAACAUGGUCAUACUGGGGUGGGGGGGGGGGCAAUUCAGAACCUGUAAAUUGCUUUUGUUUGGGAAAUGGUAAGCAAGCUCCAGGCUCAGUCUCAGCAACUUCAUCUCUAGUCUAUACAGUACUGUUGGGAAGUAAGCAAGGCAAGUAGACCACUGUUGGACAUUCAAACACAUUUUCUUUGUGAGGUUUCCCAUAACUGCUGGGAUUUGGACUUCCUAUGGAAGCAUGGAUGUUUUAAUCUUUAGUGUGUGGCAAUAGGACAGGUGUACCCAAAAGAGGCUGAAGGAGGAAUGAGCUGCUGGAAGGGAGGAAUAACUGGGCUGGUUCUUCUGAUGAAACACAACGAUGGUACUGCCUACAAGCUGGUGUGUUAUUUUACCAACUGGGCUCACAGUCGGCCAGGCCCUGCCUCCAUCUUGCCCCGUGACCUGGAUCCCUUUCUUUGUACACAUCUGAUAUUUGCCUUUGCCUCAAUGAGCAACAAUCAGAUUGUUGCCAAUAAUCUCCAGGAUGAGAAAAUUCUCUAUCCAGAGUUCAACAAACUCAAGGAGAGGAACAGAGCCCUGAAAACACUGCUGUCCAUCGGAGGGUGGAACUUCGGCACAUCACGGUUCACCACUAUGCUGUCCACCCUUGCUAGCCGAGAAGAAUUUAUUGGUUCAGUAGUAUCCUUCCUGAGGACACAUGGCUUUGAUGGGCUUGAUCUUUUCUUCUUGUACCCUGGACUACGAGGCAGCCCUAUGAAUGACCGGUGGAAUUUUCUCUUCUUAAUUGAAGAGCUCCAGUUUGCCUUUGAGAAGGAGGCUCUGCUCACCCAGCGCCCGAGACUGCUGCUGUCGGCUGCUGUCUCUGGCAUCCCAUACAUCAUUCAAACAUCUUAUGAUGUGCCCCUUUUAGGAAGACGUCUGGAUUUCAUUAAUGUCUUGUCUUAUGACUUACAUGGAAGUUGGGAAAAGUCUACAGGACACAAUAGUCCUCUGUUCUCCCUUCCUGAAGACCCCAAAUCUUCGGCAUAUGCUAUGAAUUACUGGAGAAAUCUUGGGGCGCCUGCAGAUAAACUACUCAUGGGCUUCCCUGCCUAUGGACGAACCUUUCACCUCACCAGAGAAUCCAAGAAUGGAUUGGAGGCUGCUUCAAUGGGACCAGCAUCUCCUGGGAAGUACACCAAGCAGGCUGGCUUCCUGGCUUACUAUGAGGUUUGUUCCUUUAUCCAGCAAGCAGAAAAGCACUGGAUUGAUCAUCAAUAUGUCCCAUAUGCCUACAAGGGGAAGGAGUGGGUUGGCUAUGAUGAUACCAUCAGCUUCAGUUACAAGGCAAUGUUUGUGAAAAAAGAACAUUUUGGGGGAGCCAUGGUGUGGACGCUGGAUAUGGAUGAUGUCAAGGGCACUUUCUGUGGCAAUGGCCCUUUCCCCCUUGUCCAUAUAUUGAAUGAGGUCUUGGUGCAGGCAGAGUUCAACUUGACCCCUUUGCCACAAUUUUGGUUUACACUGCCUGUGAAUUCCUCAGGACCUGGCUCUGAGAGUCUGCCAGUGACAGAGGAGUUGACCACUGAUACUGUAAAGAUUUUGCCCCCAGGAGGAGAGGCUAUGGCCACUGAGGUCCACAGAAAGUAUGAAAAGGUGACUACAAUCCCUAAUGGUGGAUUUGUGACCCCUGGAGGAACAACAUCUCCUGCAACAUAUGCUGUAGCUCUAGAAAGAAACACUGUUGCUCCUGGGGCAAAAACUACCACCUCACUGGACCUUCUGUCUGAGACCAUGACUGGGAUGACAGUGACAGUCCAGACACAGACCACUGGGGGAGAGACCACAGUCACAGUGGGUAAUCAGUCUGUGACCCCUGGGGGAGAAAUCAAGGCCACAGUGGGUAAUCAGUCUGUGACCCCUGGGGGAGAGACCAAGGCCACAGUGGGUAAUCAGUCUGUGACUCCAGGGGAAGAGACCAAGGCCACAGUGGGUAAUCAGUCUGUGACCCCUCCAGGGAUGGAUACAACUCUUAUCUAUCUUCAGACUGUGACUCCCAGUGAGAAGGGAACUUCUAGGAAGAAGGCUGUGGUCCUUGAAAAGGUUAUUGUUUCCCCUAGAGAGAUGUCAGUUAUGCCCAACAGACAGAAUACAGCUCUAAAGCCGGAGAGUUUGAUUAAUGAGGUGGAAACUCACUCCCAGGAUGGGUGAAUUGGUCCUUAUGUAAAAGUGGAGAGCAGGAUUCGAUCCUCCAGCUUUAUCACCCUGUUCCUAGGAUAUGCACCUUUUUCUUUUGAAAAUGGCCUCACUCUUACCGCUUCAUUGUCAACUCAAUAGUCCUAACAAAUCUCUUCCCUCUUUAAAAAAGAAAACCUAGAACACUCUCUGAUGGAACAAAGACCAUGAGGCCCAUUAGUGGCAAAUCCUAGAGAAAAACCCUUAUUUUUUCUUCUUUGUGAUAUGACAGAAGCCACCUCACAUUGUCACCCAUGAACCAUUUGUGGGGCAAAGCUGGCACCAAAGCCGUGGGGUAAUCUCCUGUCUGUCAAAUAAAUUGGAAG